GUCAUCUACUGUAAGAUCAAGUGUCAAAGAUGAAUAUGAAGGUUCAAAUCCUAUCCAAAAAGUUUAUCAAACCUGCAAAUCCAACUCCACCCCACCUUCGGAGUUUGCAAAUAUCAUCCAUAGAUCAGCUUAGCCCUCCAACACACGUGCCAUCUGUUCUAUAUUACCCAGCCAAUGGGUAUGAAAAUGAUAAAACGAGGAAGCUUUUGGAGAAAUCACUGUCAGAAAUCUUAACCCUCUAUUACCCGCUAGCUGGGCGAUACAUCAAAGAAAGACAACUGAUUGACUGUAAUGAUCAAGGGGUUGAAUACUUGGAAGCCCAAGUAGAUGGCAAGCUUGCUCAACUUUUGACAGGAGAAGUCAACAUGGAGCUGUUGACCAAUUUUAUCCCGUAUGGAAUAUUGGAAUCGGCGACUACUCCUUUGAUAAUUGUUCAGGUUAACAUGUUCAAUUGUGGAGGGCUAGCCGUUGGGAUUCGGUGUGCACACAGGAUAACCGACGGAUUCACAGGCACUGCAUUCUUUAACUCGUGGGCUACUGCAUGUCGUGUAGGUGGAAUCGAUGACAUUAGUCAUCCAAUAUUUGACCUGGCUUCUUUCUUCCCACCAAGAGAAAAUGUGCCUGCUGCACUGCACCAAACUUAUAGAAGAGCUGACAUCACGAGAAGGUUCGUGUUCAACAAGGCAGCAGUAGCAAGCCUAAAAGCCACUGCCAAAGGUGUCGACGCCUGUGAUUCUACAACGCCGAAACGCCAACCUUCACGGGUAGCGGUGGUCACGGCACUCUUAUGGAAGGCUCUAAUUGGCGUGUCUCAAGCUAGACAUGGGCGCUCGAGACCUUCAAUCCUGAGUCAUUUAGUGAACAUGCGUGGAAAGACAGCUCUGCCAAUAUCGGAGAACUCUAGCGGAAACCUAUGUAGGAAUGCAUUUGCUCGAUUUGGUGGAGAGAGCUGCGACAAGAAGUUGAUAGAGUUGCAUGCGUUGGUGGGUUUGGUUAAUGAUGCAAUGAGGGAUGCGGUGGCCAGUUGCCUCAAACCAAAAAACGGGAACGAUUUAUGUUCCAUGGUGAGUGAUUCCUUGAGAGAGGUUUGUGAGGAAUAUGAAAAAGGUGAGACUGAUGUCUAUAUGUUCUUUAGCUGGUGCCGGUUGCCUUUCUAUGAAACAGAUUUCGGUUGGGGAAAACCUAUUUGGGUGAGCACUACACGUGUACCCGUGGAAAUUGUUUAUCUGGUAGACACCAAAGAUGGUGAUGGAGUGGAGGCAUGGAUGCACUUGGAUGAAAAAAACAUGCUCCUGUUUCAGGAUCAUCCCGACAUUAUCGCCUUUGCAUCCCAAACCUAAUGUAUCACCCGACAUCAAUUCAAUAAAUGCAUGUCCACAGAUCCGGCUGCUAGAUCAUGAUG